AUGAGCGGCGACAAGAUGGAAGUUGAGUUGGCGGAGCAGAAGCUCAAGACGAUGGAGCACAGCGAGCAGCACUACUUUAAGAGUUGGGCAGUUUUGACGAAUUUGGAGAAUCCGUGGCUGACUUAUACCCUGCGUCCAGCUACGAUCAUCACGAAAGAUGAAGUGCGCACGAGGUCGUACAUGAACGCUAUCGUCCAGAACAAGCACAUUUUCAAGGACAAGGUUGUUCUCGAUGUUGGCUGCGGCACUGGUAUCCUUUCCAUGUAUGUCCGCAAAACCAACCCUUCCCCCUCUUCCGCGAUUGCACUGCAUCGCUCAGACCUGCUUUGCGGGUUCGCUGCCAAGUCCGGCGCCAAGCAUGUCAUCGGUGUCGACAUGUCCACCAUCAUCUUCAAGGCCCGAGAAAUCGUCAAGGUCAACGGCCUAUCAGACAAAAUCACCCUGAUCCAGGGCAAGAUGGAGGAGAUUGAGCUUCCCUUCCCCCAGGUCGACAUCAUCAUCUCCGAGUGGAUGGGCUACUUCCUCCUCUACGAAAGCAUGCUCGACACCGUCCUGUACGCGCGAGACAAGUACCUCGUCAAGGAUGGCCUCAUCUUCCCCGACAAGGCCACCAUCUUCUUCGCCGUCUGGAACAACGUCUACGGCUUUGACUACUCUCCCCUCAAGGCCACUGCCCUGUCAGAGCCUUUGGUCGAUACCGUCGACCUCAAGGCGGUCGUCACCGAUCCCGUCCCCGUGCUCACCCUCGACCUCUACACCUGCACCACCGCCGACCUCGCCUUCAACACCCCCUUUACCCUCACCGCUAAGCGCGAUGACUUCAUCCACGCCCUCGUUUCCUGGUUCGACAUCGACUUCACCGCCUGCCACAAGCCCAUCCGCUUCUCCACCGGCCCUCACACCAAGUACACCCACUGGAAACAGACCGUCUUCUACAUCGAGGACGUCCUCACCGUCCAGAACGGCGAGGAGGUCCAGUGCAAGCUCGACGUCAAGCCCAACGACAAGAACCGCCGCGACCUGGACAUUGAGGUUGACUACGCCUUCCAGGUCAACGAUGCGACCAGGAGCGCGUCCGGCCGCAGCGCGUACAAGAUGUGCUAA